ACACAAAGCGGCGGGUGAGGGGAAGCUUCGCAGGCGUGCACCAAGCAGUGAGAUCACUGGCGUUAUAAAUAUCCCAGUACCCGAGCCGAGAUCCGUUCGAGUGGCCUCUCUCUCUCCCUCCCUCUCUUCCCCGAGGCUAUGUCCACCCGGUGCGGCGAGGGGGGCAGCGCCAGAGGCACGCAGCCGCGCGGGGGCUACGGAGCCCAGAACCAGCCCUACAAGAUGCACUUAGAAACCCCGCGGCUGGAAGAAUGAGCUUGUCCUUCCUCCUCCUCCUCUUCCUCAGCCACCUAAUCCUCAGCGCCUGGGCUCAAGGGGAGAAGCACCUCGCCCCCAAAGGGCAACCCGGACCCGCUGCCGCCGGUCGGAACCCGGGGGGCGCCAGCAGCAGCCGGAGCAGCAGUGACACGACGUCUUCCUCCUCUUCCUCCGUCUCCUCCUCCCCCGGGGCUUCUCUGGGCAACCACGGAAGCGGCUUGGAGCAGAGCAGUUUCCAGUGGAGCCCCUCGGGGCGCCGGACCGGCAGCCUCUACUGCAGAGUGGGCAUCGGUUUCCAUCUGCAGAUCUACCCGGAUGGCAAAGUCAAUGGCUCCCAUGAAGCCAAUAUGUUAAGUGUUUUGGAAAUAUUUGCUGUGUCUCAGGGGAUUGUAGGAAUUCGAGGAGUUUUCAGCAACAAAUUUUUAGCGAUGUCAAAAAAAGGAAAACUCCAUGCAAGUGCCAAAUUUACAGAUGAUUGCAAGUUCAGGGAACGAUUUCAGGAAAACAGCUAUAAUACUUAUGCCUCAGCAAUACACAGAACUGAGCCAGCGGGCCGGGAGUGGUAUGUGGCCCUCAACAAGAGAGGGAAGGCUAAGCGGGGCUGCAGCCCCCGGGUCAAACCCCAGCACAUCUCCACCCACUUUCUGCCAAGAUUCAAGCAGCUAGAGCAGCCAGAACUUUCUUUCACGGUUACUGUUCCUGAGAAGAAAAAGCCACCCAGUCCUGGGAAGCCAAAGGUGCCCGUGUCUGCCCCUCGGAAGAGUCCCAACACCGUGAAAUACAGACUCAAGUUUCGCUUUGGAUAAUCUUCAUCUUGGCCUUGUGAGAAACCAGGCCUUGCCCUCAGGAGUUUCCAGGGGUGUAUUUACAGCUCUGAAAAAGAAAAACGGUUCGAUCCAGCUCCAGCUGGACUACACUGUCUCGAAGUCAGGUCCUGGGUUUCAGUGCGACUGAAACAAAGAUGUUUUCUGAUAGGAACUGAACUGGAAUUCUUUGUCCAGUAUGGGGGGCACACUGCUUCAGGUCUGGAAGACGGGGAAAGCCUCUUGCUUUAUGCUUAGUGCAUACUCGGUAUUUUCAGAAAGUUAAACAGCGCGGACCAUGUAUUUUUCUGACUUUUACAGCUCAAUCUGAAAGAACAUACAUGAUACAUUUUUAUUUUUGGUUUUCAAAGAAUAUUUUGAUGCAGAUAAAAUAUUUUAUUAACUUUUGUUUUUUGUUUUUUUAUUUUUUAAAGUACCUCUGCAUUGAGCAUAUUUUCUUACUUUUAUUAUUUUAAUUAAUGACAUAACCAUUUGAAUGCAGUUUAUGAAUAUAAAUGUGUUUAUAGCCCAUUUGUAACAUGUGGAUUUUUUUUCAUUUUUCUUAUUCAUUGCACUUUUUAAUUUUUAUUAUUUUUUUUACCAUACCUCAGAUAAUGUAAGUUUAGUUCUUCAUCUUAAAAUGCUUAAGUUCUCUUCAA